AAAAAAAAAUGAGAGAGGGGGUGCAAGGGUAGAAUGGUAAGAAGAAGAGCCCUAACCGGUGCCUCUUCAUCACUUCUAGGUUUUAAAUCAUGAUGAUGCGGGAGUCGGCCACAGAGACAAUAAGCAACAGUUCAAUGAGUCAAAAUGGAAUGAGCACCCUAAGCAGCAGCCAAUUAGAGGCUGGCGGUAGAGAUGGCAGAUCAAGCGCUGGUGACACGAGCGGCAGCCGAGUAAGCACAGUCGAGCUGCUGCGUCUGCGACAACAGCAGGCCCAACAAGCAGAGAGGCGAACAAACUUGCAGCAGCCAGACUGUGGUCCGAGUUCUCCAAAGAGCCAGGACAAGGAGUGUCCACCGCAGGUUCCAGCCUCAGUGGCCAUGAUGAGUCCCCAGGUGAUCACGCCACAACAGAUGCAGCAGAUCCUCCAGCAGCAGGUGCUCUCCCCCCAGCAGCUCCAGGCCCUCCUCCAGCAGCAGCAGGCGGUCAUGCUGCAGCAGCAACACCUGCAGGAGUUUUAUAAGAAACAGCAGGAGCAGCUUCAUCUGCAGCUUCUCCAACAGCAGCAUCCUGGCAAACAGGCUAAAGAGCAACAGCAGCAGCAGCAGCAGCAACAGCAGCUGGCUGCCCAGCAGCUCGUCUUCCAGCAGCAACUCCUGCAAAUGCAGCAGCUCCAGCAGCAGCAACACCUGCUCAAUAUGCAGCGGCAGGGCCUGCUAUCGCUGCCCGGGCCCGCCCCCGGCCAGGCCGCCCUGCCCGGACAGACAUUGCCCCCGCCAGCCGGCUUGAGCCCGGCAGAGCUCCAGCAGUUGUGGAAGGACGUGACCGGAGGCGGCGGAGGCGGCGCGGCCGGCCACGCCAUGGAGGACAACGCCAUCAAACACGGCGGCGUCAACCACACCGGCGGCACCCGUGGCCUGGACCUCUCCACGAACAACCACAGCAGCAGCGGCAACAACAACAACAACAACAACAGCAGCAGCUGCAACAGCAGCAGCAGCUGCAACUCGUCGUCAACUACCUCCUCCUCCAGCCCCCUCAAAGCGUCGCCGCCCAUCUCGCACCAUUCCAACGGACAGUCGCCCGUCCUCAACCACAGACGGGAGCGGGAACGGGAGCGGGAGAGAGAGAGUUCACAGCAUGAAGAAAACGGCGGCUCCCAUCCCUUGUAUGGCCACGGUGUGUGCAAGUGGCCCGGCUGUGAGAGCAUCUGCGAGGACUUUGGACAGUUUUUGAAGCACCUAAACAACGAGCACGCCCUGGAUGAUCGGAGCACAGCCCAGUGUCGGGUGCAGAUGCAGGUUGUACAGCAGCUGGAAAUCCAACUUUCGAAAGAACGCGAGCGUCUUCAGGCGAUGAUGACCCACUUGCACAUGCAGCCCUCCGAACCCAAGUCAUCUCCCAAACCACUCAACUUGGUAUCCAGCGUGACCAUGUCCAAGAACCUGCCGUCGACAUCGCCCACUAACUUACCGCAGACACCCACCACCCCCACGGCACCCAUCACCCCGAUGGCGGCCAUGCCCCAGGUGCCCUCGGUGCUAGGAGGCGCCAACGUGCCCAGCAUGGGCGCCAUGCGUCGACGCCAUUCGGACAAAUACUCGAUGCCGCUGUCGUCGGAGAUUGCCCCAAACUACGAGUUUUAUAAGAACGCAGAUGUCAGACCACCGUUUACUUAUGCAACCCUCAUAAGACAGGCGAUCAUGGACUCGUCCGACAUGCAGUUAACGCUGAAUGAAAUCUACAGCUGGUUCACGCGCACGUUUGCGUACUUCAGACGCAAUGCAGCCACUUGGAAGAACGCCGUGCGCCACAACCUGAGCCUGCACAAGUGCUUUGUGCGCGUGGAGAACGUGAAAGGCGCCGUGUGGACGGUGGACGAGGUGGAAUACCAGAAACGCCGGUCGCAGAAGAUUACAGGAAGCCCGUCACUUGUCAAGAACCUGCCUUCCAGUCUGGGCUACGGAUCUCCACUCAACGCCAGCCUCCAGGCCGCCCUGGCAGAGACCACCCUCCUGAUGCAGAACGCCGUGCGCCACAACCUGAGCCUGCACAAGUGCUUUGUGCGCGUGGAGAACGUGAAAGGCGCCGUGUGGACGGUGGACGAGGUGGAAUACCAGAAACGCCGGUCGCAGAAGAUUACAGGAAGCCCGUCACUUGUCAAGAACCUGCCUUCCAGUCUGGGCUACGGAUCUCCACUCAACGCCAGCCUCCAGGCCGCCCUGGCAGAGACCACCCUGCCUCUACUGGGGACCCCGGGCCUAAUGACCAGCGGCUCCAUGGGCGGCUGCCACGGCCUCCUGGGCGGCGACCCGUCCGGAUUGAUGGGCGGAAGCCCGCCCGGCCUGCUGGGCGGCAGCCCGCCGGGCCUGCUGGGCAUCAGCCCUCCCGGCACGCUGAGCUGCAGCCCCCCCGCCUUGUUGCAGUCCGUCCACGACGACCUCAGCGGCUCGCUGGAUCACCUGGACAGCAACGGACACGGCAGCCCCGAUUACUCCCCGCCCGGACACAUGCCGCCCGUGCACGUCAAAGAGGAGCCCCCCAACAUGGACGACGAUGACUGUCCCAUGUCGCUGGUGACGACGGCCAAUCACAGUCCAGAGCUGGAUGAUGACCGGGAGCUGGAGGAAGGGAACUUAUCGGAAGACCUCGAGUGAUUUUCCUUUUCUAUCCCUUAGUAUGCUCUUUUAUUUGAUUUUGUUUUGUUUUUUUUUUUCUCCCGGGCCAGACUUGUGCAACGUUCACGCAAACUGCCGUCCACUCUCCUUUUGUUCCUCCCUCUACCGUCUCUCUCGUUCUUUCUCUCCACUGGGACUAUUUAUUUGAGCAUGCAUCCGGACGCUCCAAAGGAACUCUCUGCUGCAGCCCUUUGAGAUGGCUGACGCCAACAUGUCAGGCAUGAAAUGCCUGCAAAAAGAAAAGGAAAAAAAAAAACAAAAGUAUUUGAUCCAAGAUGGCGUGGCCACCGCAGUACAAGGAGGAUGGGCUCAUGGAGGGAUGGAUGGAUAUCAGGAAGGAGGACACAAAUGAGCAAAAUUCUGUCGUAUUCUGCCAAAAAGAAAAGGAAAAAAAAAAAAAAAGGACCAUUUUGUUUGUGAAUAAGCCGAGCCACGGUAGCCGUUGAUGUCUAGACACGAUUGCUGGUUCAAAUCAAGUCUGUUGUGUCACCGCUUGUAUGUCGCUGUUGCAUCUCUUUUUUUUUUUUUUUUUUAAAUUCAGCCCAUUUCCACACGUCAUCACGGACACCCCCGACUGUAAAUGCCAUUCCCUCCAUCACAACAAAAACUGCGCUCUCGAGAGUUUUCGCAGACAAAAAAAGGGGAUGAAAAUUGAGAAAAAGCACCAUUCCAACAUCUUUCCUUUACCUCCACCUUCUGAAAGCUUUGUCGACCUGCAAGCAGUCACAGGCAACAGCUAGAAACCAAAGCCGACACGAGCUUAUUGAAACAAGACACCAAACUCAGCUGCUCGUACCAAGAAGAAGCUUUCGUUCCGCAAAAAACUACCUUCGACUAACCUCUGGGAUUGUUUCCUUUCAAGGCCUCCUCAAAAGACGCUCCAUGGAGAUCUUUGAGCAUGUGUACCGCAGGUUGAAAUCCACUUUAUAAAAGGAUUGGUGGGGGGCGGGGGGGGGGGGCACCGCAGGCCAGAGAAACGUAAAAGUGGAUCAGAACCAAAACAAGAACCAUUUGUGCGAAAGUGCAGAAUCAUUUUGGGCCCUAUUUUCCCGAAUGGCACAGUUUCGUGGAGCGCAGCUGCGCCGCUGUGGGAGUGUUCACGACAGUCGUCGCCAAUCAAAGCGGCUCCUCUCCUGCCCUUUAAAUGAGGCGCAACUGACAGUCUCGGCCCGGACAUCUCUGUGGAAAAGCACGAAUGGAGCAAUGUUGCCGUUUUAGCCGCGGUGUGACAACAGAUCUGAGCGGGCAAUUUAAUUUUGCCGGCGCUCAGUAUUUGCCUGCCUGUCGCCGGAUCAAUUUCACCAAAGUCCCAUGAGACCAGCGGUUUACGUUAGGCCAUGAUUUAGAUGCGGUCUGAGCAUCGCCAUAACGCUCCCUCGCUGCGUUUGUCCGAAAAUUAGCGUUCGCCGGCAUUUUUGCCCUGCCGCAGAUGCGCUUUUUUUAAUGAAAACAGAGCCCCUAAACAUCUUUUUUUUUUAAUUGCUGUUCUUAAUUUAACCAAACUGGUGAAUAUGUCAUGUUCUGAAAGGCGCCGCCGUCCCAUCACGACUGAAACCACCGACGAACCAAACGUGACAAAAAUAUCUAGCAAAGCCAAAUAGUUUUCACGAGGAAAUGGGUGUGGCCUGGUGACCACGUGAGGAGAUCCUUCUACGACUAAUAUGAACGGUGACGAUGAUAAUAGCCAUGUCAGAAAGGUGAAAGGAAAGCGUUUCGAGCUUAUGUUUGCUAUCCAGCUCCAUCUGUAGCUCCAGAACUUGCAGCCUGGAUGGAUGGAUGCACUAACAUCGCUUGCCCGUCGAAAGUUUUGUUGCUUUAAUGCAAGCGCUCGUUGCCGUUGUCGGGAAACCAAAGUUACACAAAAUUCUGCAACCGCUUGGACCGAGAAAGGGAUCUCAUGAGCAUUUUUGUUGGAUUUUGGUCCAAAAAUUUUGCGACACUGCAGUCGCGAUAUCGUGUUUAAAGCAUCCAAUCCAAACAAAUUGAGCAUUUACACCACCGAACGUCUUUCAAGUCUCUUACUGCGUUCCUGCAUUUUGUAUGGAAAACUGCACUGUAAAAAAAA